CUAUGUACCUAUAUAUGACCAUAUAAAUAUCACAAUAAUGAAUGAUCCUACUUCUAUUUUUAAUCUCUCAAUCAAAAUUCAAUAAACUGAUUUUCUGAAACUGUAAGAUUCAGUGAAGAAUAAAAAAAAAUGUUGGCAAUUUUUCACAAAGCUUUUGCUCAUCCACCAGAAGAGCUGAAUAGUCCAGCAUCAUACAAAGGUUCAAAGAAACCUAAGCUUCCUGAAGAAACUCUCAGAGAGUUUCUCUCUCAUCAUCCUCAUAACACUUGUUCCAUGAGUUUUGGUCAAGCUUCUGUUCUUGCUUAUGUUAGACCCGACAACCCUUUUUCUGUUCAUCAAAGGUUGUUUUGUGGAGUUGAUGACAUAUACUGUUUAUUUCUGGGGAGUUUGAACAAUUUAUCAGUACUAAACAAACAAUAUGGUUUGUCAAAGGGUACUGAUGAAGCCAUGUUUGUGAUUGAAGCUUAUAAGACACUUCGUGACCGUGGUCCAUAUCCAGCAGAUCAAGUUGUUAAGGAACUUGAUGGUAGUUUUGCUUUUGUUGUUUAUGACAGCAAAAUUGGCACUGUCUUUGCUGCACUGGGUUCUGAUGGUGGAGUGAAGUUGUACUGGGGUAUUGCAGCUGAUGGAUCUGUUGUUAUUUCUGAUGAUCUAGAUGUUGUCAAAGAAGGUUGUGCUAAAUCUUUUGCUCCUUUUCCAACAGAAAAACAAAAUAUUCACAGAACCUUUAACCCAACAAGAACCUCACAAGCUGCAUCGUUCCUUCCAAACCUUCCACAAGUUGCAAUCUCGUUUCAAGCCUUCUCACAAGAUACAAUUGUUUGUUCCUUUCUAGGGAUUCAACAUUUGGGUUCAGGUCUUUUCUCUCGGAUGGAUGCGAAAUAAGAUGGCUAGAGUUAGAGUGAUACAAUAAAUUGACAUUGGCCUUGAAGUGUUUUGGCUUGGUAUGAAUCUGUAAAACUUGAAUUGAAUCAGUAGCUCUGAAUUACUCUUAUGCAUAGUUUCUGAAAUUGUUUACAAAUGUCAGCUCUUUUGACAUACAAUUAUCGUUCGUAUUUGCCAUUCAUAUAUAAUUCUUGUAGUGCUGAACUAGUUUAAUUUGUCAUUCGUAUUUGUCGUUCAUAUAUAAUUCUUGUAGUGCCGAAUUGUUAGUAGUAAUAGUUAGAAAAAAUAAUACAUACACAUUUAGUUUAAAAAAUCCAAGGACCAAAUUUGAAUGUGUCUUAAUUAAGGAAAUAAUAUACCAUCAGAACUGUGUCUUAAUUUUAAGGAAAUACAAUUUGAAUGUGUCUUGUAGAUCGAAACUGUCCAAAUAUACCAUCAGAUUUGGUAAGCCUAUCAACAGCCUUGCCCAACACUUCAUUGCAAACUCGCAUAGCUUGUCUCGUCAAGUUGUCUUCCACUGAAAAUAGAUAGAUUAUUAUUAGUAGUACUGCUUCUUGUUGAACCUAUUUGAGCUGCUUUCUGAAGAAGUGCAGUAGCUGACAUUGGAGUAGUACUAGUUUGUGCCAUUUGCAUGAUAUCACAAAAAACAGAUGAUGAAAUAUUAUCAACUGAAUUAUAUGGUUGAUGAUUAAUAUUCUGUUGAUUUUCAUGGUUUAACCAUAGUGAUAAACUUGGCUUUUGCUGAUCACGAAACCCUUCAUGUGGAAAACCAGCUAGAUUUUGACGUGAUAUGAAUCCAUGUGACAAACUAGUUUGUGUGUUCAUCAAAUUUGACUCUUCAUUCUUGAAAUUUAGAGUUGUUGGUACCACAAAUAUCUUCUGAAAUCAAAGCUCAAUACCCCAAAAACCAUGAUCAAUUUACACCAGUUUUUAAUACUACAACACAAAUUCAACACCCUUCUUCUGCUACAAGCCAUGAUCAUUUCACACCUCAACACAUGCCACCGAGUUCUGGCGUGGCGGAUUCUCAAUAUCCUUCUGCUGGAAGGCAUGGCCAGUUUAAACCAGAACUGCUACCAACUGAACCAAAACCUUAACAUUACUCUGGAACAAGCCAUGACACAUAUCAUUUCGGUGUGAUGGAAUCUCAUGAGCCUAAAUAUCAACACCUCAGUGCAAUGAAAACUCAGUAUCCAUCUUCUGGAACCCAUGAUCAGUUUGAGCAAUCUUUGCCACAAUAUUCUAGGGUAACUGAGCCUAAACUUCACCACCAAUCUGUUACAAGCUUGCCACAGCAUUCUAGGGAAAUAAAGACUCAUUACUCAUGAUCAGCUAAGAGCAGAGUUACCAACUGAACACCACUCUCCACAAUAUUCCAGUGCCAUGAGAACUCCUUCAGCUGGAAUCCAUGAUCAGCUAAGAGCAGAAGAACACCAUUCUCCACAACAUUCCACUGCCAUGAGAACUCAAUACCCUUCAACGGGAACCCAUGAUCAGUUUAGAGCAGAGUUACCAUGAGGUGUGUCUUGCACUCUCUUCUGCUAAAGCAUCACAGAAAGCUCUAUGUGUAAUAAAACUAUCCUUCCUGUGUGAAAUCCAAUGAAAUCCAUCAUUAAUAAGUUAACCAUUUGCACUAUGCAAUAGUACUAUCAAGGAUUUAAACAACCGGCACACCGUCCGUAAAGACUUUUGCGAUUUCAACUAGUACAGGUGAUACCGUUUUGACAUCAUGACCGUUUUUUAAAACCUUGAGUACUAUUAAAAAUAUGUGAUACUCAAGAGUAGGAUUUUACUCCGAUUGAUCUAAUUAGCUUGCUCUUGAAGUUUAAAGGGUUUCAACAUUAUAUAUACACCACUGUCAGAUUUAAUACUUCAUGGUAUGAUUCUAGUGUCUUCAUCAAGCAUUUGAUGAGGAAGCUAAUUGUCUUUUUG